AUGGUAGAAUCAUCAGUGUUUACCACUUUGAUGUGGGGCACCAUUGGAGUGAUACUUCUAUUCAUCUUCCUAUUCCCAUUCAAGUUCAUGUCACUAGUUACCAGAGGAAGAGUUGAUAUGUUGUUAUUGAUUGAUAAGGUACCACAAUUGGAAUCAAAGUUACCAGAACUCAUUGAUGCUCUACCGAUACUUGCACCUCACUUGGUCGAGUUGACACGCAAUAAUAACCUCGAGAAACUAUUGCCAUACACUGAUACAUUGUUGACAAAUAUCAAUCAAUAUCAACCAUAUAUACCGGUGCUCAUUCAACAUAUCGAUUCACUACUGCCUCAUUUGGACCUGAUCUUGGCAAACUUUGAAAAGUUGGAACCUAUCAUCAAUGAUAUCAUUCCAUACAUUGAUGAUCUGAUACCAUAUCUACCAAUGUUGGUACCUCACCUGGACAGUAUCAUGCCAGGUAGCAAGGCCAUCCUGCCCUACGCCAAGAAACUGGCACCAUACAUACCUCGUCUGUUACCAAACUUGAGCAUCCUCCAACCUUACUCACCACAUUUGGUGUUGUAUCUCGAUGGACUGUUGCCACACAUCGAUGUGUUCCUACCCCGACUCUACCAGAUGCAGUCCAUCUUGCCAGACAUUGUUACCAACCUCGACGUCAUGAUGGUACAUAUCAAGGACAUUUGUGACAACUUUGAUCAGAUACUACCAUACGCAAGGAUAUUGUUGCCCAAGAUCAGACUCAUCUCACCCUACAUCCACAUCAUCAAACCCUAUCUACACUCUCUCCAACCCGUGUUGGAGUUGCUGAUCAGACAUGGCGAUCCACUCAUUCCAUACCUGCCCCAUCUCCUGCCCAACGUGGAGAACAUCACUCCCUAUGUCAAGUUGCUGAUGCCCCACACAAAGAAGUUGAUCAAGUAUAGCCAUAUCCUAAUGCCCCGCAUCCAUGUCCUACUACCAUUCACACCCAAGUUGUUGCCCUACAUUGACCAUCUGCUGCCGCAUCUCUCACUUUUAAUGUUCCAUUCACACAAGCUGAUACCUUUGAUCAACAAAGUGCAUCCCUACAUCCCUGUACUGAUGCCCCACUUCACAUUCCUGGUGGAGCACUGUGAUGAACUGUUGGAACACAAACAUUCAUUGUUGCCAUUCAUUGAUGAUCUACUCCCUCACAUACAUACACUUGGUCCACACUUCUCAACAUUACUGCCAUAUAGUGAGAAGCUACAACCAUUCUUUGGCGUCCUUGGACCAUAUGCUUCGGUAUUGGUACCUCACAGCAAGUACCUGCUGCCUCACAUGGAUGAGAUUGCCGAACACAUGCAUGAAAUAUCUCCCUACGUACCUGGUAUACUACCACAUCUUUCGGCGAUUGCGCCUCAACUGGAUGACAUUGUUCCAAUGCUCGAUCGUCUGGCUCCAUACUAUAGCCAUAUUGUUCCCAACCUGCAUUAUCUCCUGCCAAGCUUUCACGAGGUGCUCAGCGGAUCGAAAACAAUCACGAGUUACCUACAGGAACAUCAAAUGGUGGCCUAUCAAUCUGCCACUCAGAUGAAGCCGUCCAACAGCAAUUAUAACCUGGCUUCUAACAACACUGGCAAGGCACCGUCAGGAGCAGCAGCUUCAUCAUCUCGCACAGCUUCAUCGACCAGUUUAGCAUCACACUAUGGUACACUGCCUAAGAAGAGUUUUCGUUCAAAGUUGAAGAGCAAACUGUUUGGAUCAACCGACAAUGACAUUGACGAUUUAGAGACUUUGCACGAGUUUGAUGAGAUGAAUAGGAAACUAGCGGGGAGGGCUCGUUCACCAACUCAAUAA